ACUGUCCUGGAGCAGAUCGCCAUUUUAUAUUUUAAGCAGGGUUUGUAGUUGGGAAAUCGUUUCGAAUCACUUUUACUCCGUUUUCCGAAGAUGAAUGCAUCAAAUUGUUCACCGUAAAAUUCUCAGCUACAUAAAUCACAAUAUUUAAGACAGCCGCUCCAUGGCGCCGGGAAGUUUGAUUGACGUGUAAGGUCAGCCAAUCAGAGUAUUGGCGGCUCACCGGGCGAGGUCCUUCCACCAAUCGGUGCACGGGAAGGAUGGGAUUUGCAGGUGCCUGACACAGGACAAGAGAGACGGGGCUGGUUCGGGAUCAGGAGAUAUGGCAGAGGCUGGGAUGUUUUGAUAAAUCUCCCAAUCAGGAACCAACGCAGCACAGCAAGUUCCUAACAUGUGAACGUACGUGGUGAAUGAAUUUAAUCCUUGAUCAUCGAUCCUUCGGACAGGACGUGGAAGUAGUGAGUUCCUGGACAUUCAGGAGCAAAUCUGCGAUACAGAGGAGGAGAUGUUGGAGGCCUUAAAGGAGAAAUCCCUGAAGCCCAGCCAGGUGCGUCCCGGGAUCUUCCAGGAAGCAAGCGAGGAGAUUCCGACAGUCUUGGCAGAGACUUUUAUACUUCCUGAGCCAUGUGAGACAUUCUGGAAGUCCAGAGGAUGACUAACAUUGUGCAGUCGGUCAAGAAGGACUGCAAGGCUAAACCCGGGAAUUCCAGGCCGGGGGAACUGGUGCAUGUGUUCUGCUGGAGAAGAGGCUUCACUUGGCCAUCCACGCUGGAGAGGCUGAAAGAGCAGAAACCGUAUCAAUGUGGGGACUGCGGGAAGGCGUUCAGCUACCCGUCCCAGCUGGAGGUUCACCGCCGCACCCACACCGGGGAGAGGCCGUUCCCCUGCACCGUGUGCAAGAAGGGGUUCGCCCAGUCCUCGGCCCUGCUGACCCACCAGCGGGUCCACACCGGCGAGAGGCCGUUCACCUGCUCCGCCUGCGGGAAAGGCUUCACCCACUCCUCGCAUCUGGUCAGGCACCGGCGAAGCCACACCGGGGAGAGGCCGUUCCCCUGCCCUGUCUGCGGGAAGGGCUUCACCCAGUCGUCCCACCUGCUGAAGCACCAGCGGGUUCACACCGAGGAGAGGCCGUUCGGUUGUCCGGACUGCGGCAAAAGCUUCAAGAGUCCCGCGGAGGUGCGGAUCCACCGGCAGACCCACACCGGCGAGAGACCCUUUGGGUGCUCGCACUGCGGCAAGUGCUUUGGGCAGUCCAGUGACCUCCUGAAACACCAGACCGUCCACACCGGGGAGAGGCCCUUCACCUGCUCCGAGUGCAGGAAGGGAUUCACCCGCUCAUCCCACCUGCUGAAGCACCACUGCAGCCGGAGUGACGAGAGGUGCUUCACCUGCUCCGAGUGCGGGAGGAGUUUCAGGAGGUACGCGGAAAGGACGAAGCACCAGCUGGUGCACACCGGGGAGAGGCCCUUCAGCUGCGCCGUGUGCGGGAGGGGAUUCACGCAGGCCUUCCUCCUGCUCAGGCACCAGCGCGUCCACAAGUGAUGGCGGUGCCGCCACGGUUAGUAAAGCCCGACAAGGAGCCGGAGUGUGUUCACGGUGGCAGUCACAGUUGGUGAUGCCCGGAGUGGAACCGCAUCCCGGACUGGAGCUGGAGUUUGUUCUCCCUGACCGUCGCUUGAGGUGGUUGGUGAUGCCCGGAGUGGAACCGCAUCCCAGACUGGAGCCAGAGUUUAUUCACAAUGACAGUCGUUGCUGCUGGCUGGUGCUCAUUGUCCUGGGCGUCAGUCAAAUAAAUUUUUUUGAGAGAACAUUUCUGAAUUAAUAACUGUUCAGUGUGGCUCAUGGUUGGCGGUUGUCCCUGUAUGGAACACAGUUUGUGAGCUGCCCUAUUAGAUUAAAUCGAUUUAAAUUUUUCUUUCACAGUAAAAUCCCCUUCAAUUAAAAAUAUGAAUUUAAUAAAAAAUUCUAGAAAUGGACACAUGAGGCCGUUUGGCCCUUUGAGCCUGUUCCAGCAUUUAUAAUUAACGUGACUGAGCCCUUGUUCCGGCUUUCUACCUAUCUAACCUGAUCCGUCUCACCCCAGGAUCGAGCUCCCUUUUGAAUAUAAUUCUUCUGUUUGGAGAUGUUACUAACAACAGGGCGAUUGGCAUACAGUGGGAAUCCUGAAGGGUAAUUGGAAUGGUUGAGAAUGGAGCAUCCCCAAAUCACAGCCACAGCUGGAAGUGGAAGUGUUCAGGACCCCUAACCGUACGGCAGGUGGAGGGUUCUUGGGGGGGUCCAAGUCCAUAUCCCCCCCGAAAGUGAGCUUGCAAGGAGAUAGAGUGGUAACGGGUGUGUAGAAUGCUUGCCAGAGAAUAAAGUGUACGGAUCAGGGCGUUGUUACAGUGAUGUGAAACUUUGCUCAGCUCACACGUGGAGUAUCAUUUGCUCUGUUGCAAGAGGGAUGUGGAGGCUUUGUAUGGGGCACAACAGUGGUUUACCAGGAUGCUACCUGGGUCAGGCAGUGUGAGCUAGAAGGAAAUUUGGUCAAACUUGGGUUGUUGUUUUGGGCGUCAAAGACUGAGGGGAGAUCGGAUAGAAGUUUACAAAGUUAGGAGUGGCAUAGAUAGGGUACAGAAUCUUUUUCCCAGGGUAAAAAUGUUGAAUACCAGAGGGCACACAGUUACGGUGAGGGGGGAGUGUUUAAAGCGGAUGGACAGAGCCCAUUUUUUUAAUAUCACAUCAAGAGUGGAAUAUUACCUGGAACAAGCUGCAAGGCUCUGGUGGAAGCAGAGGUGGUUAAGAGGCUUUGGGAUAGACACACAAAUAUGCAGGCACUGGAGAGGUAUGGAUUAUGUACGGGCAGGAGAGAUUUAGUUUAAUUUGACAGGGUGUCCAGUACAGACAGCGUAGGCUGAGUGGUCUGUACCUCAGCUGUACUGUUUUAUUAAUUGGACAGGAAGAACCGCUCGGCUAACAUUUCAGACUGAUGAUCUUUUAUCAGAGUGAGGGGGUUGGUUAAUAACAAACAGACUUGAGUUCAAGGAUGGGGCCUUGUCGAAUCCCCCGAGGUUUCAUCAGUCGUAACUGGGAGGCAUUCAGUCCAAGCUGUAAUCCAGUCUGGCAAUGUAAACGUGGAUUCUCCACAUCCCUUUGUCCCUCUUCUCCCCCCCCUCCCGAUCAAUGGGACUUGUGGGUGGCACGGUAUUGUAGUGGCUAGCACCAUGCUUCACAGCACCGGUGAGUUCAAUUCCUCCCACUGCCUGCAAGGAAUUUGUACAUUCUCCCGGUGACUGGUUUGCUACUGCAGUCUAACAACAUACUGGUUAGCUGGUUAAGCGGUUGUUGUAAAUUGUCACAUGAUUAGGCUAGGAUUAAAUUGGGGGAUUGUUGAGCGGUGCAGCUCGAAGGGCCGGAAGUGCCAGUUCCACACUGUAUCUCAAUCGAUAAAUAAAUCACAAUUAUCCCUUUCCCAUCUCCCCUCCCUCCAUCGUCCACCUCCCUCCCUGUACUGCAUGCUCCACCUUCGUUUUCUGCCCUGGUGAAGGAUCUUGGACUGAAAUGUUAACUGUUUAUUCCUCUCCAUUGAUGCUGCCUGACCUGCUGAGUUCCUCCAGCAUUUUGUGUGUGUUUUUCUGGAUUUCCAACAUCUGCAGAAUCUCUUGUGUUUUUGCCUUCCUUAUCUGUCGGGUUCCAUUACCAUCAGCCCUUUGUCACAGCCCAGCUCAUAACACGUCCCAUUCUCUAAUCCUCUCCACAUCUGCCUAUCAGUCCCCUCACCUGGAUACACCCAUCACCUCUCAGCUCAUAACACGUCCCAUUCUCUAAUCCUCUCCACAUCUGCCUAUCAGUCCCCUCACCUGGAUACACCCAUCACCUCUCAGCUCAUAACACGUCCCAUUCUCUAAUCCUCUCCACAUCUGCCUAUCAGUCCCCUCACCUGGAUACACCCAUCACCUCUCAGCUCAUAACACGUCCCAUUCUCUAAUCCUCUCCACAUCUGCCUAUCAGUCCCCUCACCUGGAUACACCCAUCACCUCUCAGCUCAUAACACGUCCCAUUCUCUAAUCCUCUCCACAUCUGCCUAUCAGUCCCCUCACCUGGAUACACCCAUCACCUCUCAGCUCAUAACACGUCCCAUUCUCUAAUCCUCUCCACAUCUGCCUAUCAGUCCCUCACCUGGAUCCACAUCUCCCAGCUCCUGCUGCACCCCUUCCCCUCCCCUUUUAAAUCUGCUGCCUCCUUCUUCUCUUUAAAGUAGAUGAAGGGUCUGAGCCCCAAAUGUCAACUGUCCAUUUCCCUCCCCACCUCACCAAGAACCCUGUGUGUUGCUUCAAAGUUCAGCACGUGCAGCCUCCAAGAUAACGACCAUGUCCUCCUCCCAGCUCAGUGCAUCUCAUCUUGCGAUGCUGCAUUGUUUGACUGUACUGAUGCUGUCUGUUGUUUCAGUCGAUGUUUCUCGGACUGCCAGCCACCACUUGACGGUUUCCCCACACAACCCGAGGUGCGGUUUGUGGAGGCUAGCUCUGGCACUUUGGGUUUCACACCACAGCAAUCCCUUAAACUGGGGCUGUCCGCUGCUUGCAAGGUUUGGUAUCAGAUGUGGUUUUACUGGCGCCUCUUAAAUGUGAAAAGCUUUUUCGCAGUACUCAGAUACUGCGAAAAAGAAACAGAAACAGAAACAGAAGUGCUGUGUGAGUUCAGACAUACCCCCUGAAAGGGGGUGUGGCACGCCAAGGGUGCAUUGUCCAGUGAGAUGGUAAAGAGUUCACAAUUGUCACGUGUCCUGAUUUACAGCAAAAAGUGGUUCCAUCCAUGUCAUCCAGACAGAUCAUUCUUUACAUCAGUACUUCCACAUCAUACACGAUAAAAACAUGAAUGUAGAAGGUAGUCAUGUCGUACAUCGUGUUACAGCUACAGAGAGAAUGUCAGGGUCAUACAUCAUGUUACAGUUACAGAGAGAGUAUCAGGGUCAUACAUCAUGUUACAGUUACAGAGAGAGUGUCAGUCUUACAUAGUGUUACAGUGAGAAUGUCAGUCUUAUAUCGUGUUACAGUUACAGAGAGAAUGUCAGGGACAUACAUCAUGUUACAGUUACAGAGAGAGUGUCAGGGUCAUACAUCGUGUUACAGUUACAGAGAGAAUGUCAGGGACAUACAUCAUGUUACAGUUACAGAGAGAAUGUCAGGGUCAUACAUAGUGUUACAGUUACAGAGAAAGUGUCAGUUUUACAUCGUGUUACAGUUACAGAGAGAAUGUCAGGGUCAUACAUCAUGUUACAGUUACAGAGAGAGUGUCAGGGUCAUACAUCAUGUUACAAAGAGAGUGUCAGUCUUACAUAGUGUUACAGUGAGAAUGUCAGUCUUACAUCGUGUUACAGUUACAGAGAGAAUGUCAGGGUCAUACAUAGUGUUACAGUUACAGAGAAAGUGUCAGUCUUACAUCGUGUUACAGUUACAGAGAGAAUGUCAGGGUCAUACAUCAUGUUACAGUUACAGAGAGAAUGUCAGUCUUACAUCGUGUUACAGUUACAGAGAAAGUGUCAGUCUUACAUCGUGUUACAGUUACAGAGAGAAUGUCAGGGUCAUACAUCAUGUUACAGUUACAGAGAGAGUGUCAGGGUCAUACAUAGUGUUACAGUUACAGAGAGAGUGUCAUAGAGUCAUAAUUAGUACAGCAUCUAAGGACAGAAUGCCAUAGAGUCAUAACUAGCGUUACAUUACAGAGAGAGUGUCACUGAUUUAUGUGUGGUGUUCCAGUUACAGAGAGUAUCGCAGUCACACAUAGUAUUACAGUUACAGACACAGUGUCAUACUCUACCUAUGACAGAAGACAUUCUCUCUGUAACAGUAAAACUAUCCUUUACACUCUAUCUGAAACUGUAAAAAUACACGUGACUCCAGGACACUGUCUGUAACAGUAACAAUAUGUACGAUUCUACGCAGUCUCUCUGUAACUCUGAGUACAACUCUACAUCACUCUCUCCAAAAUUGUAACACUGUGUACGAAUCUAUAACACUCUCAGUAACUGCAACACUAUGUCUCUAUGAUAUUCUCUCUGUAAUGUAACACUGCGUAUGAUUCUAUGACACUCUCUCUGAAACUGUAACACAACUGACAACUCUGUGAUGCUCUCUGUGUAACUGUAAAACCCAGUCAAACUCUAUGACUCUCUCCAAAACUGUAAAACUACAUAUGAAUCAAUAAGUCUCUCUGUAACUGUAGAACUACAUACAACUCAAUGACGCUCUCGCUGUAAUGUAACACUACAUAUGACUCUGACACAGUCUCCAUAACUAGAACUACGUAUGACUUGAAGACGCUUUCUCUUCAGCUGUAAAACUGUACUGUAUGAUGACAUACAUACUCUGUAAUUCCAACACUACACUACAUACACUCCAUGACACUCUGUCUCUAACUAUAACUCUACAUAUGACUAUGAAACUUUCUCUGUAACUGUAACACAACGUACACUUCGAAGACAGUCUCUCUUUAAUUGUAAAGGUGUGUGACUCUAUGACACUCUCACUGUAACUAUAACACCAUGUACAACUCUAUGACCGUGUACAACAUAGUGUAACUGUAACACAGUAUGAUUCUGUUACCCUCUCCAGAACUGUAAAACUACGUAUGACUCUAUGGCGCUCUCUCUGUAACAUAACUCGACAUAUGACUAUGAUACUGUCUCUGUAAUUGUAACACAACUUUUGACUCAAAGACAGUCUCUCUUCAACUGUAAAAUUAUAUAUGACUUAUGGCACUCUCUCUGUAAUGAAACACUACAUAUGACACUCUCUAACUGUAAAACUCUGUAGGAUGCUAUGACACUCUCUGAAGCUGUAACACAAUGUAUAACUCUAUGAUGCUCCCUGUAACACUACAUAUGACUAUGGACCUCUCUCUGGAACUGUAACUCGAUGUAUGAGACUGUGACACUCUGUAACACUAUUUAUGACUCUGUGACACCCUCUCUGAAAUGGUAACAUGAGAAAAUUCUAUGUAGUGUUAUAAAGAGAGUGUCACAGAGUCAUAUGUUGUGUUACAGUUACCGAGAGUUCAUCACAGAGUGGUAUGUAGUGUUGCAUUACAGCGAGAGUUUCAUGGAGUCAUGCAGAGAGUUACAGUUACAGAGAGUGUCAUAGAGUUGCACAUAGUUUUAAAGUUACGCAAAAAAUAUAAAGUUAUAGGUGGUGUUACAGUUACAGGGAGAGCAUCAUAGAUUUGUACAUAGUGUUAAAGUUAUAGAGAGUGUCACAGAGUUGUAUGUAGUUUUACAGUGAAAGACACAGUGUCAUAGAGUUGCGGUUACAGAGUGCCAGCAAGUCAUACUUUGUGUUAUGUUACAGAGAGAGUGUCAUAGAUUCAUGCGUACUGUUACAGUUACAGAGAAUGUGACAGUCAUAUAUAAUGUUACAUUACAGAGAGAGUGUCAGAGUCGUGCAUAGUGUUGCAGUUACAGAGUGCUAUAGAUUCAUACAUAAUGUUACAUUACAGGCAGUGUCAUAGUUUCACGUAGUGUUACAGUAACAGUGUGUCACAGAGUCAUCCAUGGUGUUACAGUUUCAGAGAGAGUUUCACAGAUUCAUACAUAGUGUUACAGUUACAGAUGGAGUGUCAUAAAGUUGUACAUAGUGGUGCCUUUACAGAGAGAGAGUCAGUGUUACAAUUACAGAGAAUGACAGUGUCUUACAUAGUGUUACAAUUACAGAGAGUGUCAGCGUCCUACAGGAUGUAGUGUUACAAUUACAGAGAGAGUGUUAUGUAGUCAUAUGGAGUAUUACAGAGGGAAUGUCAUAUUCAUACAUAGUCUUACAGUUACAGAGAGAGUGCUGUACCUAGUGUUAUAUUUACCGAGAGAAUGUCAUAGAAUGGUAGUUUAAACCGAGGCUUGUUCAUAUGUAAAUUGAGGGGUCAGGAGUUCAUUUUCAUCAUGUGGAAGUCAUUUCAGGUCUCUUAUAACAGUGGGAUAGAAGCUGCUCUUGUACCUGGUGACAUAUGUUUUCAGGCAUUUGUAUCCUCUGCCCUAUGGGAGAGGAGAGAAUAAAAAAUAACCAGGUGGGAGGGGU